AUGCGGGCUUUUAUUCUCUUCUCUUUGCUUUCCUUUGUCGCUGCCAAGCCUGGCUACAUCAACGACUUCCAUGACUCCUCUCUGUCAUCGGUGGGAUACUUGCAACAACCGGAAGUGGUAGCACAACAAUAUACUGUAGCUCAGCCUGUGGUACAUUCCGCUUCAGUAGUACAAGCUGCUCCAGUGGUACAAACAGCACAAUUAGUACAAGCUGCACCUGUGGUACACGCUGCACCUGUAGUACACGCCGCGCCUGUCGCCAUUGCUAAGCCAGCUACAAGCUACUCAUCAUUCCAGAGGAUCGUGCACCCUGUGGCUGUGGCCCAACCUAUAGUACACGCAGCGCCCGUGGUACAAGCUGCCCCUGUAGUACAGGCAGUGGCCCAGCCUGUGGUACAUGCUGCGCCGGUAGUACAAACUGUGUCACAGCCGAUAAUACAGAAAUACAUCUCAUCUUACGGUGGUUAUGGCCACGGAUGGUAA